CAGUGUCAUUCUUCUAGUAGGUACACUUCAUCCGGGAAGUGUACUUAUUAUUUGUGUAGAGCAUUUUCUCCUACAAGAUUGUUUUAAAAAAAGUUCUCUUUCUGGAAAAACUAUGUGGAAGUGACCGAUAAAAGUGCGUGCUAAGUGUUUUCGAAAAGGCGCACCAUCAGGAUUCAGUUUAAGCUAGAGAAAAACGAACUUUAAAAAUGAUCAAAAUGGAAACGGAUAAGAUCGAAGAUGUUACAGGCAACAAUACACAGUACCCAAUGACGAUCCUUCCCUACGACACCACCAGGAAAAAAGACUCGACCUCGACAGCGAAUUUCAGUACAGAACGCGAAUCCUGCCUGAGGUUUUUCGAGAAAUGGAGCGAAACCGAUCAGGUCGAGUUUGUCGAGAACCUGCUGUCUCGCAUGUGCCACUAUCAGCAUGGUCACAUCAAUUCCUAUUUGAAGCCAAUGCUGCAAAGGAAUUUUAUUUCUUUAUUGCCAAAAAAAGGAUUGGACCACGUAGCAGAAAAUAUAUUAUCUUACUUGGACGCUGAAAGUCUUAAAAACGCCGAAUUAGUUUGCAAAGAAUGGUUCCGGGUGAUAUCAGAAGGAAUGUUAUGGAAGAAACUUAUUGAAAGAAAAGUCAGAACGGUAUCUCUUUGGAGAGGACUUGCUGAACGUAGAGGCUGGAUUGAAUACUUAUUUAAACCUCGUCCAGGCGAAAAUCACAUGCCGCAUAGUUUUUAUAGGUCGCUCUAUCCAAAAAUCAUUAGAGACAUUGAUAGUAUCGAAAGUAAUUGGCGCAAUGGCAAACACAUUCUACAGCGGAUCAAUUGCCGCUCGGAAAACAGUAAAGGGGUCUAUUGUUUGCAGUACGACGACCAGAAAAUCGUUUCUGGACUGAGAGAUAAUACUAUAAAAAUUUGGGACAGGGGUACAUUACAGUGUACAAAGGUCCUCAUCGGGCACACAGGGUCAGUACUUUGUCUACAAUACGACGACAAAGUGAUUAUAAGUGGCAGUAGUGACAGUACAGUGAGAGUAUGGAACGUUCACACUGGUGAAAUGGUCAAUACGUUGAUACAUCAUUGCGAAGCUGUCUUGCAUCUGCGGUUUAAUAAUGGAAUGAUGGUGACUUGUUCAAAGGAUCGUUCUAUCGCUGUAUGGGACAUGGUUUCACAAUCAGAAAUCACACUCAGAAGAGUUUUAGUGGGACAUCGAGCUGCCGUAAACGUUGUGGACUUCGACGAAAAAUACAUUGUUUCUGCAAGUGGAGAUCGUACCAUAAAAGUUUGGAAUACAUCGACUUGUGAAUUUGUACGUACACUAAAUGGACACAAAAGAGGCAUCGCCUGUUUGCAAUAUAGAGAUAGAUUAGUUGUUAGCGGUAGCUCGGAUAAUACAAUUAGGUUAUGGGACAUCGAAUGCGGUGCCUGUUUGCGAGUACUUGAAGGCCACGAAGAACUAGUUAGGUGUAUAAGAUUUGACAGUAAAAGAAUAGUCAGUGGUGCUUAUGAUGGGAAAAUAAAAGUGUGGGAUCUGCUGGCCGCGUUGGAUCCUAGAUCGUCAACAAGUUCAUUGUGCUUACGAACACUGGUGGAGCACAGUGGGCGCGUCUUCAGAUUACAGUUCGACGAGUUCCAAAUAGUGAGCAGUUCGCACGACGACACGAUUCUCAUUUGGGAUUUUUUGAACUCUAUUCCUGAGCCAUCGGUGAGCAGCGUGACUAUGAAUAACGCCGGCUGUGGUACUUCGCCUUCUUCACCUGUUUGGAGUGAAUAACACAUGGACUAAACUGGUUGUGCAAGAAGCUGUAAAUUAAUGGUCUGCGUCCUGAUGUAUGAGUCGCGAGAUGACGCAUAUGUGUGGCUGCGUAACUGACAUAAGUUUAAGUGAAAAAAAAAAAGUUGAUCUGGGUUAAUUUAUUGUUAGGCUCCAAAUUACUUCAACCAAGGACUUUUUCAUCUGCUGGACAAAAGCUUAUAUGGAAAAAAAUUAUAAUUGUUAACUAGUGUGUGCAGUUUAUAGUAAUUGUAUAUUGUAAGAGGGGCGGUUAUGUUUGCGUUAUUCCAUGACAAAAUAUUAUAUUUUGGGAACGAAAGCGAUUUUUUUAAUUAUUGUUGUGUGAAGAAAUGCAACAUUAGUGAUUAUUCAAUAUACAUAUAUUUUUUGCUAUUUAAUCAUUCAUUUUUUUUUCUUUAUACGUAAGAUAAUGAUGAUUCUGAGUGUUAGGCAAGGAUACGGAUUUGUGGGUUUUAAGGAAAGGUAGAAAUUUAAUGAAAAAAAAAUAUCAUUUGGCAGCUUAUGGGUCUUUCCUUGAGCCUUUUAUACUGAAAACUAUGAUCUCUUGAAGCACACGGUGCUGGACAAAAGACGUAUUUUAUUUUUUGUCUCUAGCUUAAUGUGCAAUAAAUGUAUUUUUUUUUUGAGUGGGGAUUUUUGCCUAACAUUAUACAGUUUAUUUCAACAAAAAAAAUCACACAUUGGUUUGUGAUUGUUUUAGAAACGGACUAAUAUACUCGUUUAAGGCUUGCAAGCUUUUGUAUAUUGAUGAAAUACAAUAAACUGGUUCCUAUUUUGAAAUAUUCGCUUGGAAAAACUUGUUUUAUUCAAUAGAGGAAAGCUUGUGAGUGAAAUCUUGUCCUUUACAAUUAGUGUGUGGUUUGUAAGUGUAGAUGUCGCUGACUGGCAUUGCAUCUUAGACUUAGGCAAAAAGACAACUUUUUUGUUCACAUGGUUUGAAAGCUUGGCAAAUAUCAACAAUUUUGACGCAUUUUUAUUUAAUCGGUGGUAUAGUUGAUAAAAUUUGAAAAACUAAUUUUUGAAUAGUAGAAGCCUUUAUUUAGAAAAAACUAUUUCGCACUUUUUUUUAAGUUUAUCCAUUCUUCACUGAAGGCCCAGCCUCAAUCAAUCUGGUAGCGAAGUGACACUUUGGCACGCAUGGUAGGACAAUGUUGUUUAACGUUGGUAUUCUCAAUUCAAUUCCGUACUAGCAUGCACGCGGACUCCGAAGUGACUUGUGUCAUGCGCAGUAUGGUAAAAAUGUAUAAAAUAAAAUUCAGCAUUGAGGAUGGGUAUCACAAUUUCCUAGCUUGUGUGCAGAAGUGCCACUUCGCUACCAGAUUGAUUGAGGAUGUAGCUUCACUCUACAGUCAGUUGUGUCUCAGAAAUUCAUGUUUGUGAGAAGUUAUUAGAGUCUUAGUGAAAAGCUUUUCAUCAUAGAAUAUAAAAACAGUAUUUAUAGAGAAACUCUUGAAUAUUUUCGGGCAACGAUCUUGCCGAACUGAGAAACCGAGUUUUUGCCAAAAAAAAAAAUUAAAAAAUACAUAAUGUACUUUUCAAACGAAAAACCUUAUCUAUAUAUCAAAGUGCUUUUGUGAUAAAUUUAAGAGUAAAUUAUUAUAAAGGUAAUUGAUUUUCUAUUUUCACCAAGUAAAAUGAAAAUAAUUGCAACGGGAUGUUUUUGGGUUUGUUCCAACCCGUCAAAAAACCGUCCCAGAACGGUUUCGGAACCACUCUGUAUACGAAUUUUGGUUUCUACACAAAAAUUUUAGGUUUUGCGCAAGAUCCUGACAGUAACAUUACGGUUUCCUGUUGGGUUGGAGCAAAGCUUUUAUAAUUAUUAAAAAAAAUCCUGUUGUAAUUAUUAUUUUAUAUUAUUUCGAUACAGGUUGGUUAAAAAAUUAUUUGUAAGAAAAUUCUCGAUUUGAUAUGCUGCAAAUUAUUCAUCUCUACAUUUUGCAAUGUAUUUUUUUUUUAAAUAAUAAUUAUCACUUGUUUCUGACUGAAUCAUAAACCAGAGCGACUUGGUGGAACUCGGCCAGGUUUAUAAUUUUGGCAGAAACAAAUCAGUUUUUUAUUUAGUAUAAUUUAUUUAUUUUAGGGUUUUUAUCAAUUUUCUAACCAACCAAUAGCUGUAGGCUUUAUGCGUGACUGUCCUUUAGAUUUAUGUUUAAAUACUUAAUUGUAAAAUUCCGGAAGUUGUAAAUAUUAUUCUCUAUUAAGUGAUUAGUUGUUUAAUAUAUUUGUUUGCAUUUAA